CCAGAUACAUCCGCCUGCAGCUGCACGUAGUAAACACGCGGGUGGAAGUAUCGAAGAGAACGCCUAGUACCCCUGAAGAGAUCACGUCUUUUCGUUCGAAAGAAAUAAGGACAAUUUGUGGAAAACCUCCCUCCAGGUCCAGGACAAUCGCACUCUAAAGAUCUCAUCGGUGGUGACAAUGGACGAUAUUCAAGUUGUGGAAUCCAAGCCUCUGCUUGUGGACAGAGAAUUGCCGGGCCUGAGGGAGGCUGUUCAGCAGCUCAUGACAAAGGAGGCUGAUGUGGAGACCCCGUUUGGCUCUGUCCACUGCACCAUGAAGGGGGUCCCGAAAGGGGACCGGCCUGUCAUCCUGACCUUCCAUGACAUUGGACUGAACCACAAGAACUGCUUCGACUCGCUGUUCGACCACGAGGACAUGCAGGAGAUCACCCAGCACUUUGCCGUGUGCCACGUGGAGGCUCCCGGACAGCACGCCGAGGCCACCGCCUUCCCUCCCGGGUAUGAGUAUCCUUCCAUGGACCAGCUAUCUGAGACUCUUCCUGUUGUCCUCAAGCACUUUGGCAUGAAGAGUGUCAUGGGUAUAGGUGUUGGAGCCGGGGCCUACAUCCUCGCCAAAUUUGCGCUGGACUACCCAACGAUGGUGGAUGGCCUGAUGCUGAUCAACAUUAACCCAUGUGCGGAAGGCUGGAUGAACUGGGCUGCACACAAGAUCAGUGGCUGGGCCCACGAUUUGCCCAACAUGAUUAUCACCCAUCUGUUUGGGAAGGAGGAAAUUCACAACAACCAUGACCUGAUCGCAACAUAUCGCCACCACAUCCUGCAUGACGUGAACCAGACCAACCUCCACCAUUUUGUGAAGUCCUAUGAGAGCCGAAGAGACCUGGAUGUCGAGCGACCAAUCCCUGGAGGACACAUCCACGCACGAACCCUGAAGUGUUCUACUCUGUUGGUUGUAGGCGACAGCUCCCCGGCUGUUGACGCUGUGGUGGAGUGCAACACCAAACUGGACCCGACAAAGACCACACUUCUCAAGAUGGCUGACUGCGGUGGCCUGCCCCAGGUCGAUCAGCCAGCAAAGCUGACCGAAGCCUUCAAGUAUUUCAUUCAGGGCAUGGGCCACAUGCCUGCAGCCAGCAUGACCAGGCUGGUGCGCUCUCGCACGGCCUCGGGCUCCAGCAUCCACUCCUUCGACGGCAACCGCAGCCGCUCCCACACCAACGAGGGCACCCGCAGCCGCUCCCACACGGCCGAGGCCCACCGCACACACCCCCACGCCGACGGCACCGCAGAGAGCAACGUGGACCAGGCCGUGCCCAAGUCCACCGAGGUGUCCUGCUAAAGCUGUCCCGCCAGGCCCCCUACCCCAGCCCCCCGUCCACUGCCUGCGCUGCCCUGCUCUGCCCGUAAAACAAGGAAAAACGAGGACGGGACGCCACGCCGGUACCUCCUCUCCACUCCCUGCAAGAACAUUCCCAAAGUGUGUGUGUUUGUAGCCCCCAUUUUGUUAUACCAAAGAGAGUCAAGGGUAGGGCCGUUGUGUCUUCUGGAGCUUCGAACGAGACAAGACUGUUACGCGGCGUCACGUUCUAACCGCGCGGUUGAAGGUGAUGCCGUCGAGGAAACAACCAAUACUGUUCACGGGCUGCUUUUUCUGGAGCAGCAACCCCCCCUCCCCACCCCCAGCAGGCAGAGCAGUCUGGCAUGGGCGAUCAUGGAGGAAUGUGUCGGAGAAACCAUCUAAUUCUAAAUUGUCCAGGUCCGAUGACCAACGUACUUUCUCCACUUUAGUGUUUUUAAUUUAGCUUGUGGUCAGUGUUACUGACCCAUUACAGCUAGCUCCUCCUCAGAAAGUGGCUGAUUGAUUUGGCUCUUAACUCUGAACUUGAUAAUGGUCUUGAUGUCGGAUUUAACAUUCGGUUAACAAACAUUCACUUGAAGAUGAAUGAUCUCACAGGGUGGAGAAAUUACGUGUAGAACCACUUGGAUCAAAUGAGAGCAGUCUUGACUAAAUUGCUUUUCAUUCUUAAACCUACAGUACUACAGUCGUUUUGCUGAUUAUCCAGGACUUCUCGAUUACUGUUUUAUGGCGCUGUCUGUCACCUUUUUAAUGCUUUAAAAGAUCUGUCUUUUAACUUCCAGUAUGGAAUGAUUUUAGCCAUCGCUUUUGGGGAAGAUCAUUAAGAGGCUGUUUUUGUCUUCUAUUGAGCUUACUGUCAAUCAGUCAAAAAGGAAAAUAUUGUGCAUUAACUAUUUUGAAAUCAUGUGUUCUAAUUGCAGGAAAACUGCUUCAGGCAAUAGAAAUGUUCUGGUUGUUUAUUUUUUAUAUAAAUUAUAGUUUUUUUCUAUGCAAGUAAUAACAACAGAACAGAAUUGUGCCAUGGAACCAUAAAGUUGCAUUUAACUGUGUUGAUGGUUUCAGGGCUAUGCUAAUCAGAAGAUAAAAUGAUGAAACACUAGGAUACAUUUGACUUCUUACUGAACUCUGAUUUCGCUUUUCCUCGCACAAUGGCAAUUGCUACCAGCUUUCUAGGAAAAAAAAAAAAGAAAUUAGCUUUGUAAAGAUGCAAAACUACCUACUAUAGAUGGGAAGUUUUCUUAAUGACAUAACAUUUGUAUUUAUUAAAAAAAAUAAAAUUUGUAACUGCA